UGAGGCCGGGGCCGUGCCGUGAGGCCGGGGCUGAGGCGGGGCCGUGCCGUGGCGUCGCCUCGCUGGGGCCGGGCCGGCGGCGGAGGAGGCCGGGCCGCGCACGGGCGCUAUGAUCGGCACCGUGCUGUGCUACGUGCUGCUGCCGGCCGCGCGGCUCCUCCGGGCCCUGCGAGAUGCUUUCUUUACCUGUCGAAAGAAUGUGCUUCUGGCGAAGAGCACGUCCACCCAGAUAGAAGGCAUCUUUGCUGCAACCAGAGGAAAGCCGGUCCAGGAAGAGCAAGAAGCUCUACUCCAGCAGUGGUUGGAGGAAGGAGCAGGGAAUCUGCCAGCCAGUGAGAGUGCUCCAGCGGUGGGGAAAGUAUCAGCUACACUCGCUAGCGACUGGUUAGAAGGUUCAGAGCUAUUGAUGAGUAGCCUUAGCGACCUGAAUUCGGCUCCAGAAGUCACCUGGUGUGCCGGUCAGCAGCUUACAGAGCUAUGUGCCUUGGCUUCUUCAGAACCACAAGAUCAUGCAGUGACUAAACUGGAAAAAUUACCAGAGGAGGAGACAGUGGCUGUAGUAGGCAGCGCUCCUUGGGCAGCUGUGGUGCCACAGACAGAUCACCAGAUAGCUGGCUGUGCCCCUGUCGGUGUAGGAGGACAGCAUGAAGACCCAGCCGUGCUGGCAUGGAGCUUAGCAGGUGGUGCAGAGAUGGUGCCAAUGGAGCCCCCUGCCUGGCCUGUUCAGGAUGCAGUACAAUUUUGUCCUCUCCUGGAGGAGGUACCCUACCACGAAAUUUUAUGGAGAGACUGGGAGGAUCUUUCUGUCCAGCCUUGUGAGCUAGAGCAGGCUUCAAAAAAUACUCCUCUCUUUGAAUUUCGAGUCAUGUCUUACAACAUCCUGGCCCAGGACCUGGUGGAACAGGGCCAUGAUCUUUACCUACACUGUCAUCCAGACAUCCUGAACUGGGACUACCGCCUUCCAAACCUCUUACAGGAGAUCCAGCACUGGGAUCCUGAUGUUCUGUGUCUCCAGGAGGUGCAAGAAAACCAUUACUGGGAGCAGCUGGAACCAACAUUCAAGAAAAUGGGCUUUGCAUGCUUCUAUAAACGGAGGACUGGGAGAAAGACCGACGGCUGUGCAGUGUGCUUUAAGGACAGCAGGUUCCAGCUGAUCAGCGUCAGCCCCAUAGAGUAUUUCCGCCCUGGUCUGGACGUCCUCAAUCGGGAUAACGUGGCCUUGGUGUUGCUGCUACAGCCUCUGCUCCCAGAGGGUCUGGAUCUGAAGGCAGUCAGUCCUCUGUGCGUGGCCAACACUCACGUGUUGUUCAAUCCCCGGCGGGGAGAUAUCAAACUUGCCCAGAUGGCCUUGCUCCUAGCAGAGAUUGACAAGAUUGCAAAAACUCCUGAAGGCAGCUACUAUCCUGUCAUCUUGUGUGGAGACCUGAACUCUGUACCUGAUUCUCCACUUUACAAAUUCAUCCGGAAUGGUCAGCUUUCCUAUCACGGGAUGCCAGCCUGGAAGGUGUCCGGUCAGGAAGACUUUUCCCAGCAGUUGCAUUCACGGAAACUGGUGGCCCCACUGUGGCCAUGUUCACUGGGUGUAACAGACAACUGCCAAUAUGUUACUCGGUGCCAGCCAAAGAAACUGGGCAGACAUAAGUACAGCCGGGACUUCCUGCUCCAGUUCCAUUUUUGCGAUGUUGCCUGUGAACGACCACCACAACUAGUCCUCUUGGAAGGGGUGACAGAUGCUAAACCAGACCGCCCUGCAUACUGGCCCAAGCACGCAGCCGUAGUGAAUGACCCAGAUCUCCAGCCACUCAUCCCAAGGUCUUCAGGUGUUAUCCAGCAUGGCCUCAACCUGACCUCUGUCUACAGCCACUUCCUGCCAGAGAGGGGACGCCCAGAGGUCACAACCAUGCCCAUGGGACUUGGUGCUACCGUUGAUUAUAUCUUCUACUCAGCAGAGCCUGUGGAAGAUGGGAGCAGAGGGGGUCGCAGGCUGUACCGGGAUGGAGUCCUGAAGCUACUUGGCCGCCUUUCCCUUCUCUCUGAAGAUGUCUUGUUGAUGGCAAAUGGCUUACCAAAUCCUUUUUGUUCAUCUGAUCAUCUCUGCCUGCUGGCUAGCUUUGGCUUGGAGGUCUCCAGCCUCAGAGAGGGUUAGUGAUGGUCCCCUUUCCUUAAAGAAAAGCUGUUUUGAAUGCAGCGGUUUGAGAAUCUGGAUGCACAGCCUGCUUGCAAGAAAACUCUUAUUUUUGUCAUGCCCUAAGAGUCCUUUUCUCCCAUUAACACCCUCAUAAAAACCAGGGAUGAAAGAGUUG